AUCGGGUCACGUGGUUACCAUUGACAACUAGUAUGGCGUCGAGAUUGUGACCGCAACGAAUUAAAUUCUAUUUCUGUUCUUGUAUUUUGUUUGACAUUUAGGAAUAAAACAUGUGAAUUUUCAUCUGGAGAUAUGCAGCCAUAUUUACCAGGAGGAAGAAGUGAUGAUCCACUAGAACUCUCCUUCCCCCACAUCAAGCUUGCCUCUCCCGAAGAUGAGCUCCUCAACAAGUCCCUCCUAGACUCUCUCACCCCGGCCUCUCCAAGUUCCAGUGCUCCUUACCGCCUUCCCAAGCUCAGCUGCACAGGGUCUGUCUCGUCGACAUGCACGUCAGGUAGCGAUCGCUCAGAGGGCGCUCUUCGCAAUGGCCAGUCGCUUGACGGCCUUAGCCCUCGCAGUCAACAAAGCAAGAAAUCCAAUCAUUCCAAGGUGUUGGGGAUGAGUACCCGUUCUAGCAGCCGUCUUCCCAUCCCUCCCUACACCAUAGCACAACUCCGGCGGGCCCAGAACAUCUACGUGCCCUCCUUCAAGAAGGCCCAGUUUGCCCCUCUCAUCUCCAGCCCAGCACGGAGAGUGGACACACCGGAGGAGAGUAAGGAAGAGAAGACGGUGAUAGUGGAGGAUAGGACGAGAGUAGAUGAUAGAACGAGAGUGGAAGAUAGGACGAGAGGAGACGAGGAGAUACAUGUCAGGGUGCAGCCAGCAAACACGAGAGCAAGUACUCGCUAUUCACACGUAAGUAGGACUACGUAUGGACCCCGGAGUGCAGCUGUAUCUAUGACUAUCCCCAUGGCAACAGGGAGUGAUUACUCCCACCCUCAACCCGACCAAAAUCCUGAAUGGAGACUGUCACCGUAUAGACAUAAAAACUACGACAAUCAGGCUGUGACUUCUAGCUCUGGGCCCUACUCCCGCAAGUUUGUCAUUCACUGUUCAGCGCCUAAGUCCUGGCUCCAUAUGAAGCUGAGACGCUCAAAGACGACACUGACGUGAUGAACAGAAACAGAACUAACGCAAUGCAAUAAAGGAUUAUGAAAUAUCUGAAAUUAGGAUUAUGAUUUGAUUGAUAGAAGGAUAAUGUAUAUGCAAAGGUUAAACAAUACCACAAGUACCACAUGUACAAACCCAAAAGAGAACAGCUUUACUGUUAAUAAAUGUAGACCUGGGCCCUGUUUCAUGAAACUUGUUAUCAAUAACAAGUUAUGAUAAUUGUUAUAAGCUACUGAAAUCCUUGCUUUUGAUUGGCUGUGAGCAGAUUUAUCAUAGAUCUGUAGCAGUUGUUAUUGAUAACAAGCUUUAUGAAUCGGGGCCCUGAUGUUAGAUUAGAUGAAAAGACUUAGACUAAGUCCUAAUAUGUUACUUUGUUGUCCAUAUUUCAGACCAAACUUAAACCCAGCAUAGAUCUGGUUUAUGAAAUAUUCAAUAGAAAUUAAGGAGUCAUACAUGUAAUUGCUGAUAAUAACACUACAGAUUUUCAAAAACCCUUUGAAUGUACAUGAUAUACUUUUGACUUAGUAUGGAUAUGGAUGCCCAUCGUUGCCUAGGUAAAACAGGGUGUAUAUAUUUUUUCUUUUUUUUUAAUCCUUUUUUUUUAAAAGAAAGUGUUUGCCAA